AUGCCUAGAGACAGCGUGCAGCCCAGCACAAUGGAGAAUGAGUAUGGCGAACACAUGUCUUGGCCAGUACAUUACCCUGAAGAGGAGAGAGUAGUGCCAUCUACUCAGAUCAUAGAGAUCAGUUCAGGCGAGACUACACCAAACUCUUGGGAUAGAGAUAGUCCACUAAGUGUUCUACCGCAUAUACCAAUGCCGCAUGUAUUUGCACCAGGAGGUGGAGUAUAUUCGUACAUGCCAACGGAGGAGAAUCCAACGGACUACGUAUACCCGUUCAUUACCACGGGUGUAGAAAGCAAUGAUCCAGCCAUCGCAACUCAAGUCAAUAACGAAGUCUUCACAAACCAACCUGAAGAACCGGAUACGCCGGAACCAACAUGGGAGGAUUAUCUUGGACACCAGAACGUAUCACCCACGUACUGUACAAGGAGACUCAACGAGAUCGCUGGAUACACAUCAUCAAUGGAGCGUGGAGAACGAAGCAUACCUCAAGAUCAAGGAGAAGCUAAUGCAAUGUGGUGUACAAUGUAUGGAGAACAAGAUGUACCAAACUCGGUGGCAGGCAUUGGAGCUCAACAUCAAAUACCGGAUCUUAACCAAACCACGGAGGAAGGUACCGAAGAGAAUGAAUGGCUACAAGAUGAUGAAGGUCUUAACUUAGCAAGAAGGUGGGACGAGAUAAUCGCCACAGAAUUGGAGAACCUCAGAACAGAGGGUAAUGGCCAAGAGCAAACUGUGUCACGCCAAAGGGGAAGGCCUCCCAGAAGACUUGCGAGGAUGAGAGUCCCAGCAACGUCUCAAGUCACGCUACCAUGCGAUAAAUGUGGAAGGACGGGACAUCAUAGCCGAGCAUGUCCCAAUGUGCAAGCUAGAUCAAGGAUGAAUGAAAGGCAGAACAUUUUCCUUACUUGUGGAGAGAAAGGCCAUUUCGCAGCAGACUGUCCAAGGAACUGCCCCAGUACUAGUCAACCCACCCGCUCAACCACAAGGAGAGAGAGGCGACCACGGAGUGGAAGCCAUAGAAUGUAA